UGGUAUCUAAAGGCUGCCGCCCAAGGAAAUGCCGCCGCUCAAAGUAGUCUAGGCUACAUGUACUACUAUGGUAAUGGGGUCCCACAGAGCUACCAAAAUGCUCGCGAAUGGUAUCGCCGUGCAGCCAGUCAAGGAUAUGCUGAGGCUCAGACCGCUCUAGCCUUCAUAUACGAACAGGGUAAAGGAGUUAUACAGAGCUAUCGGGAUGCUGUCACCUGGUAUCUCAAAGCAGCCGACCAAGGAAAUGCCACCGCUCAGAAUAAUCUAGGCUACAUGUACUCUCAUGCCGAAGGAGUUUUGCAGGACUAUCCAACAGCUGUCAAUUGGUAUUCCAAGGCAGCUAAUCAAGGAGAUGCCACCGCUCAGGGCAACCUAGGCUAUAUGUACCUUGAGGCCAAAGGGGUUCCACAGGAUUAUUCGAAAGCCAUUGAGUGGUUUCUCAAGGCAUCCAACCAAGGAAAUACCUGUGCUCAGACUAGUCUAGGCCACAUGUACGAACAUGGCAAUGGAUUUGCACAGAACUAUUCGAAAGCUAUCGAGUGGUAUCUCAAGGCAUCCAACCAAGGGAAUGCCUCUGCCCAGAAUAACCUGGGCAACUUGUAUUCUCAGGGAAAAGGAACUUCACAGGAUUAUUCGGAAGCCUUUGGUUGGUAUCUCAAGGAAGCUGACCAAGGAUAUGCUGAUGCUCAGUUCACUAUUGGUUCCAUGUAUCGAGAUGGAAAGGGUGUCCCUGAAAAUAAUAAUAAGCCAAAGAAAUAAUAGUAAAGAAGUUGCAGAGUAAGUUGAUGCUGAUGCCAAGUAAAGUUGGGCCAGUUCAAGCACUCACGGCUCUUGAAUGUAUUGAAUUUAAAGCGCUGUUAAGCACACCAUCAUUUUCAGA